AUGUACUCUUGCGCAAACUAUCCCCGCGGAUGCCGAGGCCGUGUCAACCGACAAGGAGCAAAGUGCUCUGACUGCGUGUCUCUAAACUUGCGCCGUCCAGCUUCGCCGUUCGCCCAACCACGCGAGUACAAGCGCGCACUUCCCUCGGAACUCUUUGGCGAGCUCUCUAAACUCUCCGAGCCCAAGCUGCAAUGA